AUGGCGCGGCGCACUGGCCCGACAUUGCGGAACGGCGCGGACGACCUGUCUCCGUCACUCCUGGUUGAGCAUAGCAAUGAGAUCGCUUCCCAAAGAAAAUCGAAGAUACGUUGGUUCCGACGGCCGAACCUCGUAAUGUGCGUCGUUGAAGAGUUCCACCGGUCCCAAUAUCAAGCGGAGGUUCGUGGCGGGAUUCCUAGUGUUAAGUUAAGGUUGGAGCGGGAGACGGGGGCUGCUGAAGGGCGGGAAGGCCUCGUCGAUCCCAUUCCAGCCCCGCGGAUCCGCUUUCUGUACGCCACUCCUCCGAUCUAUCCUGCCUCGGAGGUCGGGCUGGCAGACUUGCCGGCAGACGCGGAGGCCGCCCCCUUGCAUUUGUCCAUUCCCUUUGCGGUUGGGAGGCCAUUCGCCUGCGUCUUAACCUCAGACGACAAGCUCGGACACCAGUGGUCUAGCAUGUGCUCGGAGCUGAUACCCGAAAAGAGAGAAGCAAGGGAAGCAUAUAUGAGAGUAGAGAGCCGAAGCAAACAUCAUGGGAGGACCAUGAGGGAGAUGGCUGGGGAAAUUCCGGGACUACUCGGUGAAAGCACCCUUGAUGACUUGGAAUUCAAACUCCCAAGACCCCUGGCACUUGGGAGUCGACUUCGAGAAGCCAAGAACCCGGGGGCGGGGAAACCUGUUUCGGGAUGGACCUGCCUAAUAAAUGGAGAUGGGAAGUUGAAGGAAGAGUGGUGGUGCUGGGGUGAGGCAAAUCACGUUGGGACUUCUGAGUCUGUCCUUGUCUCGACUACUGUCGCUGGAGUUGUUGACUGGCGAACCCCGACGCUCGUUUCGUUUGCGUCGUCUGGCGUCCGAAGCCACGUCGAGAUCCGUUCCUCUCAAUUCAACCCCGGUCGUCAUAGAUUUCGCGGUCACGGUCCACGGUCCACAUCUUCGUGGCCCUCCCCCCUGUUCCAGUCUAGUCCCUCCCGGGGGGCCAAUGUCCUCCGAUCUAACCCUUUCUCCACUUGCCUCCCCUUUCCGCUCUACAACCGACCGUCCCGCCGCUUCUCUUUUCCGCAACAUUCAACUCGCCGUCGACCGACCAAGACACCUAUAGAGAAAAAACCCAAUCGAGGCUCCCCCAUCUUGACCAUCGAGGCCCUCUCGCUUUAG